CAUUUUACGACUCCUUUAAUGAGGAAAAAGAAAUCAGGAAUAUGAAAAGCGUAGAGUGAUGGAAGCUUAAUUGCUAGCGUAAAAUGAAGUGGACUUGUUAACUUUCAUGAAGACUUGAUGACAGGGUCAACGUCUUCAGAAAUGAUUAAUUAAAUGUUAUAUUAUACAAUUUCUGAGGACAAGAAACAAAGCACGAAACUACCAUUUCAGCUUAGUUGCAAGUUCUUUAUGUGCUACCAGAAGAAUAUUUGUAUUUUUUUUAUUUGGGUGAGUGUAACCAACCAAUAAUUAUUAAAAGAUUCUAUUUCCAGGUAAACCACGUUUCAAAAAUAAAAGCCCUGCUAAUCAGCUGAUUUUCUUGCUUAUGAUUCAAACAAAUAGCAUAUACCAUUUCAAGCAUCUGGUAGAAAGUUGGGGGUCCUGUUUCUGUAUUGUUAUUUUUCAACUCAGGGAAUUCGACCUUGAAAAUGUUUGCAAAUAGAUUUCUGGAUGAAGGUCCUUCUUACCAGGACCAAUUCUCAGAAGAUGAGAAUGAGGACGUGGUUCGUGCUAUUGAACUAUCUCUUCAAGAAUCAAAUGGAAAAGAAAUAUAUACAGGUGAUAUGGAGUUUCCCCAGAAUGAUGAAGUAGAAGAACUUGCACAAGCGCUGGAAGAAAGCACGUUAUCUUCCACAGAUUUGAGCACCAGCACCGAAGGCAGCGAACUGAAAUGGUGGAAAAUUUUCAAGGAGUUUAAUCCAUCUGUCCACACAUCAAAGGGCCGUUCUUGGUGGAGAAAGAGUAGCAAGCAGCGGAAUACCCCUAUUUGUGAUGUUUGUGAGGAACAAAUUUGCUCGGCGUGGUUUAGGUGUUCCUACUGGGGCCAGACUGUCUGUAAAAAACAUAUAUCUGAUGGAUCUCCUUAUUGCUGUGCCUGUUCUAGAUUUAAGAUAGGAGACAUCAAGUAUAUCACUCUGAGUGAUGGUCGAAAACUUUGCCCUGAUUGUCGUUAUACAGCAGUUAUGGAUCCUGAAGAUUGUAAGCCCCUUCUCGAUGAAGUGCACAGAUUUUUCAAGGGAUUAAACAUGAAAAUCAGAUAUUACAUUCCAAUUCUGUUAGUUGAUGAACAAGAGUUAAUCAGAAUCCAUAAAAAGGUCGUACUUGGCUCGACGAUUUAUGAGAAAUUUGAACUGGAUGCCGUAACUUAUGUGUCAAGGUCAAUACAAAGGGGUGAAAAUAUUGAAGUGGUGAAAGAAGUAGAACAACUGCCUCCAGGACGCAAAGUGAGAGCAGUGCUGCUUUUAUAUGGCUUUCCAAAGUUGGCCAUAGGAUCAACUUUGGCUCAUGAAUUGAUGCAUGCUUGGAUGCGCGUUAAAGGCUAUAGAAGACUGUCCCUAAAUAUAGCAGAAGGUCUUUCCCAGGUUAUGGCUCACAAGUGGCUAGAAUGGCAAUCUUUCACUGGUGAUGACUACAUGAAGAGUACAAGUGAAAAAGCUCAGUUCUUGAGAAAUCUGAAAGAGUUUAUGAAAGAUGGAAUAGAAAAAAGAUAUUCCGAGGCCUACGGUCAUGGAUUUAGAGAAGCGAAAUGGGCAGUUGAACGUUAUGGUUUAAGAUACACACUCGAGCAUAUUGCUCGUACAGGCAAGUUACCUGAAUGACUUACUUUUCAGGUGACAUUGUCAAUUUUUGUGUUAAUUCAUUCAUCAUGGGAGGAAACUGAUAGUUCUUGGACAAACAUUGCUGUAAAAAACUUGUAAAAGAAUUUAUGUACCUUUGUGACUCCAAAUUGAGGCCCUGCAACUACAUAGGCAAUACAAAUUGGAGUGAAUAUGACCAACCAAAUUUCCUUGAGGUCAGAUGAUAAAUUUGUCUUCUUUUUUAGUUCUA